CUCAGGUAUACGCAUGGAUCCGGAGGAGGAGAGCGCCGUAUCGUUACGGCAUCAGAACGAUCAGCUACGGCAAGAGAACGACUACCUGAAGCUGACGCUGGAUCUGCUGCGGGAGAAUCACACCCUCCGGUCCAAACUUUACUGCACCGACCGGUCCACUGACCACGGUCCGCCAGGAAAGGUCAGCUCGGUGACCUGGGAGGACUCUCUGGACGACGGCCUCUUCACCGCCGACCUCCUGAAGGCCCCGCACAGAACCUCGUCUCCCACGGCGACCAGCGCAGGCAGGAAGUCCACGCUGAAGAGCGCUCGCCUGGACGACCAGCAGGAGGAGGACCACCUGCUACAGGUCAAAGAUCCAGAGCGGCUGGUGGGUGAGAUAGCGUUCCAGCUGGACAGGAGGAUUCUGGGUAACGUGUUCCAGGAGCAGCACCGUCUCUACGGCUACACAGUGGCCAACAUCCCCGACAAGAUCACUCAGGUGUGUACCCACCCCGUGAGCGCUAAGCUGGACGAGGCUCGGCGGGCGGUUCUGAUUGAGCGGUACCGCGGGCUGCUGGAGCGUUUGGGUCGGUUCGGCUACAGCGCGGGACACCACGCCCCCUUCGCGGAGUUCCUGGUGAACACCUACGGAAUCCUGCGGCAGCGGCCGGACCCUCGCGACCACGCCGCCGCCCCCCCGCACGGCGGCGGUUGCCACGGCAACCCGGAGUUCCUGCGACGCCUGGUGGUCAACACUCUGCCGUCCACCCUGCUGAAGGACGCGCUGCUGCUGCACACAUGCCUCUGCUACCUGGCCGAGCAGGACGGGAAGCCCCUCUUCCUGUGGUAGACACGCCCCUUCCUGCUGUAGACACGCCUCUUCCUGCUAUAUACACCCCUCUUC